GCUGAAGAAGAAUCCACUCUAUUGUUUCACAUUGAUAAAACAUAUAUACACAUUCUGAUCAAAGGGAAACAGAUUGCCUCUCUCUCUCUCUCUCUCUCUCUCACUCUCUGUGACAUUGAAUCUUGUGGUGAUUCCUGGCGCGUGAGAGGGCUAAGGGUGGAAGAAGAUGUCAUUGUUUGGAUGGAAGAGCUUCUACGAGAACGAAGAUCGCCCGGAGAAGCCUCGGAGGUAUGGCGUCACAGAAAUGAGGGGUCCCCAUUACACCCUUUUGUCACAAAACCUCCUUCAGGAUAUUUUUGAGUCUAUGGGGCAGUUUGUUGAUGGCCUGAAGUUUACUGGAGGUUCUCAUAGUUUGAUGCCAAAAACUUUCAUCAAAGAAGUGACUGACAUGGCUCACAAACAUAAUGUGUAUGUCAGUACUGGUGAUUGGGCUGAACAUUUGCAUCGCAAGGGUCCAUCUGCUUUCAAAGAGUACAUAGAGGAAUGUAAGCAACUGGGGUUUGAUACAAUCGAGCUUGAUGUGGGAUCGCUUGGACUUCCUGAAGAAACUCUUUUGAGAUAUGUGAGGUUGAUUAAGAGUGGUGGUCUAAAGGUCAAGCCUCAAUUUGCGGUAAUGUUUAACAAGUCUGAUAUACCCAUGAGUGGUGACAGAGCAUUUGGGGCUUAUGUAGUCCCACCACCUCGAAAAUUUGAAUUUGUUGAGGAUGUGGAUCUUUUAAUAAGAAGAGCUGAGAGAUGCCUAGAAGCUGGGGCAGACAUGAUAAUGAUCGAUGCUGAUGAUAUCUGCCGAUAUGCUGAUUCUGUAAGAGCAGACAUAAUUGCAAAGGUCAUAGGGCGUCUCGGACUCGAGAAGACCAUGUUUGAAGCAUCAAAUCCCAAGACUUCUGAGUGGUUUAUUAAACAAUACGGUCCAAGGGUGAACCUCUUUGUGGAUCAUUCUCAAGUGAUGGAUCUGGAGUGCCUUCGAGGGCGCAACCUGGGUGAAAAUCACACUUCUAUCGUUGGUUCAUCCUACUUUCUGUUCUAAACUGCCGCUACCUCGUAGAGAAACUUGGGUUAUGUAUUGGGACUUAUUAUGUUUGUGAUAAUUCUCUGUUGUCUAUUGAUUCUAUUCAGAUCAUGUGGAAUAUCUGUCACUGGAAAUUGUAAAAUCAAGAGUGCCUAUGUUUUCUCUGCAAUAAUAGUUACUUUCUCUUUAAUAAAUUACUAUGUUUCAUAAGCAUAUGGUCUUUCUAAGACAGAUUCAGGCGGCAGAUUAUUGUUUGAGUUUGUACCUUGAUAACGAAGUAG